GUGGUGCCCGAUGAUGUGGAGGCCAUCGCCAGCGAGGUGGCCGCCUUUGCUGCUCGCUUCACCUACGUGCUCACCUCGGGCGGCAUCGGCCCCACGCACGACGAUGUGACCUUCGAGGCCGUGGCUAAAGCCUUUGGGGAGCGGGUCGUCCUCCAUCCCGAGCUGGUGGCGCUGGUGCACAAGUUCUUUGGCAAGACGGAGGAGCAGUGCCCUGAGAUGAAGCUGGCUCGCAUCCCCGAGUCCUCCCGCCUCAACUACGGCACGGACAGGCACACGGGCAGCGCCUUCAAGUACCCGCUGGUCAGUGUGCGCAACGUGUACAUCUUCCCCGGCAUCCCGGCGCUGAUGGAGCGGGCCCUGGAUGGCCUCGCUCACCUCUUCCGCAGCAAACAGACCCAUUUCCACUCCCGCACCGUCUAUGUGGCUUCUGAUGAGAUGCUCAUCACGCCGGUGCUGGAUAGGGCUGAUGCCGCCUUCCGGGGCCGUGUCAGCUUGGGCUCGUACCCAGACUGGACCAGCAAUUACUACCGUGUGAAGCUGACCCUGGACUCAGAGUCAGAGCAGGACCUGGAGGAAGCGUAUGGCUUCUUGAUGAGGGAGCUGCCAGCGGGUGUUGCUGUGCCGUUGGUGACAGACUGUGUCUCUCCAGCAGCUGUGGAGGUUUAUGGCCUGGCUGAGUCAGGCUCGGCCCUGGGGCAGAAGGUGGCAGCAGCCCUGAGGACCAUCGAGGAGGCUUUGGACCAGUACAGCUUGGUCCAGCUCUGCGUGGGCUUCAACGGGGGCAAGGACUGCACAGCCCUGCUGCACCUCGUCCAUGCUGCUGUGCAGAGGCGGUUCCCAGCAAGGAAGGAGAAGCUGCAGGUGCUCUACAUCCGCAUUGUGUCCCCAUUCCCUGAAAUGGAGCAGUUCAUUCAGGCAACAGUGCAGAGGUAUGGGGUCCAGCUCUGCACUGUGGAGGGCUCCAUCCGGGAGGCCCUGGUCCAGCUGAAGGAGCAGCAGCCCCAGCUGGAGGCUGUCCUGAUGGGAACGCGGCGCACGGACCCCUACUCACGCACCCUGACCCCCAUGUGUGCCACAGACCCCGACUGGCCCCCUUACAUGCGGGUGAACCCCUUGCUGGACUGGACCUACCGGGACAUCUGGGAGUUCCUGCGCAAGCUCUUUGUCCCUUACUGUAUCCUCUAUGACAGGGGCUACACAUCCCUGGGGAGCAUGACCAACACAAAGAAGAACGCAGCUCUGCGCUGCACCGAUGCUCAGGGCCGGGAGAGCUACAGGCCUGCCUAUGAGCUGGAAAAUGAGGAAGAGGAGCGCACCUCCCGCCAGUGAAGGCCACAUUCUGGGAGCCUCCUCCAUUGGAAUGCUGCUGGGAGUGACACUGAAUAAAGCUGCUGCCUGUCAGCACUAAAUAAACCUGCUGCAGUCUGCACUGCGCUGGCACGUGGUCUUGUUGAGCCCUGAGGGCUCCAUGGGGCAGGAGUGGGAGGAACAAAAGGGUCCCCAGGUUGUGCCCUGUCUGUGCACCCACUAUUGUAGGAGUUUUGGAAAUGCAGAGAAUGUGGCAGGUUCCAGUGCUUGCCAGGGCCCCACACGUCAGCACUGCUGCCUCUCCCACCGUGUCAGAUCCUGCUUAUUCCUCAUGGGCCAUGCACCUCCUCUGGAGCAUGGCAGCCUGUCUGCAGGGUGCCCCCCAGCAGGUGGCACGGGUACAGGCCCUGGCACUGCCAGCACCCACUGCCACCUCCCUGGGGCUGCGCCUGGGCUCCUGGUUGCUGCGGCUUCUGUGGAAAUGCUUCUACUUCCUUCUCUGCAGCUGGUGCAUCCGUGAGCUGCUGGACUAGGGAAGGAGCCUCCCAGUGUCCCAGGAUCCCGUCAGCCCCUGCCUGCCCUGGUGCUGUGGGACUGUCCUGUUGCCCUGUGCUGAUGGAGCUGAUGGACCUCUGGCGCUGACACUCUGCUCCAGCCUGUGCUGCCCCCGAUCAGAGACCCCAAUAAACCUGAGCAGUGCCUGAUUGGUUGCAUCUGUUUGGGCAGA